AUGCGUAUUCCCGAGGACGAAGUUAAUAGCACAAUCCAAAAUGCCCAAAGAAAACAGACGUAUACAGUGUGGGGAAUUCCACCAGAUGACGUCGUGCAAAGGAUCAAGAAGAUAAUGGAGCCCCUUCGAGCUGAGUUUGGGGGGCCGGCGAUCGAACCUCACAUUACCGUCGUCGGAUCCGUCCUUUUGAGCCAUGACUAUGUGAUCGAAAAGUUCGUAAAUGGUUGCCAAAAUAUUGAACCCUACACUUGUGAAGUUGAUCAAUUAGUUACUCGCAAAUUCUAUUAUCAACCUGUCUCUCUUCUCAUUCAUCCAUGUCAAUCGGUUGGACACUUUGGUGGCUACCUACAUCGUUGUAGUUCUCAUAUGCCGCAUUUGAGUCUCCUUUACGGGAAUUUGACAGAGGACGAAAGGAAUAGAGCUAUACAGAAGGUUCUUGAGCUGGACGACAGCAUUGCUAGCCUCAAGUUCACCAUGAGUCGCCUAGUUUUGUACAAAACCCACAAUGAAGCUAGAGAUCAACAUUCUUGGGAGAAGGUUAUGGAAUACAACCUCCGACCCCGAAAUCAGCGCUAA